AUGCGCCUUUGCCCUAGGGCAUCAACUUUUGGGAGACCUGCUUCUUCCCUAUGGCUGUCCCCCAGGGGACCCCCACUUAUACUCCUUCACCAUGUCAAACAGCAGCUCCCUCCCAAAGACCCUCCCUCUGUCACACCUUUCUCUUGGGGGCUCCCUUGUCCCCGCUGUGGGCCAGUAGACCUGCACCUGACUGGGGUGGACUACCUGCCUCUCAGUGUAGGAUCUGGGGACCUCUGUCACAGUGUUCCAGAAAUUGUCAGCAGAAUCACUGACAAGAGCAACAAGAUUGACCCCCCCAAGCAAUGGCUUCUAUGUGUCUCUCUUCUCACCCCACCCCCAUUGAAGUUUCCCCCAGAUGCCAGAAUUCCUAGAGAUGCCUCUGCUGAUUUCAAACUUGAGUUUAAAUCCCGGGAGAAUCCAGGAAAGAAGGCAAGUGGUUUGCACACAGUCUCUGGCGAGUUCCAGUCGGGAAGCUUCUUGAGCACGGGGGAGGGUGGGGAGGGAGGGUCUAAGAUUCAGGCAGGAAAGUCGAUCCUCAAAUCUUCUUUCAGAAGCUCUUGUUCCUGGAGAGUUCCAAUAGCUCUGGUUCUCAAGGAGAUUGACUAUGACACCUUUCCCAUUAGCCUCAUUAAGGAUGGGGAGGGGGGUGGUGGUAGCAGUUUACUAAGGAAUUUCAGCACUGAACCUAUGAGUCAAGUGCCAGCCCUGAAGAGUGAUGGCAUUACCCUUACCCAAUCACUGGCCAUCAUUGAGUAUCUAGAAGCCCAUUGGGCUCUUGCCACAAGACCCCAGGAAAAGAGCAGUGUUUGCAUGAUCUUGGAUCUCAUUGCUAGUGGAAUUCAGCCACUGCAGAACCUAUCUGUCCCAGAGAAAGUGUGCCAAGAGACCCAGCUGAUGUGGAUGAGUGUAGUCAUCAGCUCUGGCUUUGGAGCCCUAGAGCAUGUCUUACAGAGCACAGCAGGGAAAUAUUGUGUGGGAAAUGAGCUCUCUAUGGCUGACAUAUGUCUGGUGCCUCAGGUGGCUAAUGCUGAAAGGUUUAAGGAGGACCUCUCCCCAAACCCCACCAUCAACCGCAUCAGCAAGACUUGGCUCGCCCUAGAGGCUUUCCAAGUGAGCCACCCUUCCUGGCAGCCUGACACACCUCCAGAACUUUGGAUCUAA